UAUUCAUACUCUCUCUGAUAAAGUGGUGGUGUAUAAACAUGGAUGUUUUUGCGUGAGCAUGUUGCAUUUACAUAAAGCUAUAGUUUCUUGUAUUUUUUGUGGAAUGCUUGCAAUUUAUUUUUUGUCUGUGUAUGUUACAGUGCCCGUUGUAAUAGCUCUUUUUUUAUUCUUGUAUUUUAUAAGUAAAGUGAACUGGUCGGGGAUUAAUGUGCAUGGCCUCACGCGUCUCACUCCGUUUCGGAAGUUUUUAAUAUCUAUUCGUAUGUGGACAAACUCUGCAUUAAUCUCGAUCAUGAAAAGUAGUAAGCAAUUAAGAUCCGACACGCAAAGAAGUAGGGCAAGUGGGGUGUCAGCUUAUGCUGGAAUAAGUAACUUUACUUUGAUGGAGACACCUCGAGGUAAUACCAGUCACUCUGGUUUAAACAGAGAUAAUUUUGAAUAUAACCGAAGAAACUCUUUCAGUGCUUACUCGUCAAGCGAUUUGAUGCAUAGUAAUGCAAGAUCUAAUAGCAGGAGCCAGCAGCUAUUGCAUCAGACACCAAGCAGAUAUUCCGGAGAUGUAAGCUUUUCCCCCAAAGGUUCACCAUGGGGGAAAAGUGUGAGCCCAAAAUUAAGAACCCAUGGUGCAGGCAUAAAGACAGUACAAACUGUUGCAGGCCCUCUUCUUGCAUCAACAAGGUUUAACAUCAAUAAAAACUUAAGGAUGUUUGGAAAUGUAAGCAGUCCGGGCUUGAGCAGUCGUGUGGCCCAUUAUGCAAGUGAGGAUGCCAAAAUACUGACACAUCAGAAGCAAUACUCUGGCCCAGGGCAGUUUCCUCUUGUGAAUCUGGAUCAUUCUGCAUCCAAGUUACCUGUUCAUUUCCCCCGUAGAGACCAGAGAAUUGUUCACAGCCCAGUUACUGUCAGUAUUGCACGUCCUCAGUCAUCAGAUAUGAGGUAUAUGAGCAAGUCACAGAACCUGAGUGGCAGUUCUUUAGAAGAGCAGGAUUCUUCAAAGUCUGUCUUGGAAGUGCUAAAGGAGAUCUCUCGUAAGCGCAUCCAUGCUCAGUUGGAUGAGAAUGAAGAUGAUACUGUUAAGAGACAGCGCAAGGGAGAUGGACAGAUUAUCGCAGACCAUGGUUCAAUCAAGCAGCAACUUCAAGAUGAUAUGGCUCUAGGCAAGCGAGCAAGGGAGGAGUCUCCUAACCAAAAUGAGACAAGCCCUCAUCCCCUUCAGCAACAGAACAAACGAACUCGCAACAAUGAGAUCUCGAGUUCACUCAGUUCAAGCAGAAACCUGUUGAACCAGCUGAAGACCAGUACCAAGAGGAAAUCCUCGACAUCUGAUUGGUCACGUAGCAGUACCCCUGUUAUGAGCAAACCACCGAAACAGUCUCGUGACAGCCUUGAGGAUGCAGCAAACAUCAUACGGGGGACACCAGUACCUGUACUUACAUCACCAAUUCAAACUCCUGCCACCACCCCAACACUUUCCAUUGAUAAGGCAGAUGAGACAUCUACUGAAAAGUCUGUGGAUAUCAAGCCAAGCAAGUUUCUGCCCAAAUUUGCUGCCGUUCUGGACAAGAAUGGAGGCCCAGUGUUGAACAGUGUGGCAGCACUGGAGACAAAGCGUGCCUAUGACAGCCGCACACGUCUUAGGUCCAUGCUUGCAGUUAUAGCUGGGGAAGAUGAUUUCAUCAGAAAACCAUCAUCAACUGCCAAUGAUGUUACCGCUUCAAGUGCCACUGCGACGACGACUUUCUCGAGUAUCUUGCCACCUGUAUCUGCAGCAGGUGAUGUGAGAGAGACGACAACUGCUCCGUCAAAUACACAAACAGAACCUGUUCUUACAGAUACUAACACCCAGGCUUCAGCUGCCAAGAACCCUUAUUUACCAAACAGUGUCUCACUGAUGAUUCCAAAUAACAUUUCCCCUGUAGUAACAAACAUCAGUGUCGCAAAUACAGGUUUUGGAUUGGAAUCAGUGACAUCUACUCCAGUGACUUCUCUGUUAAACCAAACAGCGCCAAAUCUAACAUUAACAUCAUCCCCAGCCAGUACUUUUGUUUUUGCCGAAGAGAAGAAACCAACUUCAACGCUGACUACUUCAACAUAUAUGGUUGCUCCCACAGAACAAAAAAUAGAUCCUUUUAAAAAUGUUGCUACAACUUCUUCUUCUGGUACUUCUUUUAUCUUUGGCAAACCUCAAUCUUCGCAAGUUUUAACAGAGUCCUCAAAUUCAUUGCCUAAAAUGUCAGCAGAAGAUGCUCCACAGCUGGUCACUUCGUCUACACCAGACCUUGGCAUGAGUAAUGGAUCCAGCACUGCUCCAUCUUCCAAUGAACAGGCAGGCCAUGGGUCUGCAUCAGAUAGCAGUAAUGCCAGUGGUGGCUUCAGUUCAUCAUCAGUAAACACUGUUAUCAGUGUGGCAAAACCACUGGUGACAGAAACCACAAAGAGCUUGUUCAGUUUCGGAAAUAUGGCAGCGUCUCCUUCAGUGAAUACCACAACUUGCGCAUCAGCCACCACGACUUCAAAUUCAUUGUUAAAAUCUGCAGUGAACUGUACCCAAGCAGAUGUGGGUCAGUAUGGUUCGUUAGCAACAUCAGCUGCUACAAGUGGUUCCAUUUCUACAGAUGUCACUCUCUUUGGUUCUGCUAAAAGCGAUGACAAACCAUCUACAGCACUCCCCGUUGGAACACAAAAUUUUGGAAUAAAGCCAGAGACAUCUAGAGGUAUUCUGUUUCAGUUGAAUGCUACCAACAACAGCACUGCUAUAAAUUCAUUUGGGGGCUUCAAGUUUGACUUCACAAAAGGAUUGAAAGAGAACGAAGUUGCGUCAACAACACAGUCCCAGCCGACAGUAAAUCUGAUGACUUCCAGUACAGCUCCCAUCACUACAACUUCUGCCAUAACUUCCAUAUCCACUCCCACUACAACUUCUUUUAACAUCUCAACACCUGCUUCCACAAGCCAAUCACAAGAAUCACCACUCAAAUUUGGAACUACAUUCUCAACACCAUUGUUCAACUUUGGUGGGACAAGUACUGCCAGUGGACCUACACAAAGUGUUGGAGGUUUUCCUGGGUGUAUUUUUGGAAAUUCACAGCCAAAAACUGAUGGAGUGACACAAAAGCCACAGCAGAGCCCCUUUACAUUUGGUACAGUUCCAUCUUCUCAGAAUCAGAGCUUGACUAGCACCUUCACAUUUGGUGGUUCAUCUGCAUUGAGUGGUGUUAAAUCUGGGGGUUUUGCCUUUGGAGGAGGCGGCGGUAGCCAAUCUGCUGGUGGAAUAUUUGGAAGUGGGAAUGCUCCGGGCCAGUCAGCACAGUCUGGUAUUGGAAAUGUGCCUGAUCAGGCAUCACUACCAGGAUUUGGCGGUGGGAACAAGACAGACCAAUCACAGUCAGGUGUUGGAAUAUUUGGCACAGCACAAUCCUCUGAUAAAGUCUUUGCGGGUACACAGGUUUUACAACCAUCAGGAUUAUUUGGCAGUUCAGUAACCCAAUCAAGUGGAAUAUUUGGAAGUACUGGAAAUGUGUCCACUCCCUCUGUGCAGUCAUCUGGUGCAAUAUUUGGCAGCAGCGGGAGUCUGUCAGUUCAGUCGCCACAGCAGACAUCUCAGCCUUCUAGUGGAAUAUUUGGGACUCCAUCGCAGCCUAGUGGUGGGAUAUUUGGAAGUGGCAGCAGUGUGGUUGCCCAGCCAGCUGGUGGAGCAUUUGGAGGUGGUAGCAGUACCCAGCCGGUAUUUGGGUUUGGUUCAACAUCGGCUACAACUCCAGCACAGCAGACGGCAUCUGGUGGCAGCACCGGACUGUUUGGUGCUACUGCGUCUUUUCAGUUUGGAGCAGGAAGUAGUAGCGCUGCUACCUCAGCUCCUCAAUCAACUGGAGGUUUUAGUUUUGGAAGUUCUGGUGUCAAUCCAUCAGCAGCAGUCAUUAACUUCAGUACUGAAACAUCUGGAAACACUGCAUUCCAAUUUGGUUCAGGGGCAGCUCCGGUAUUUGGAAAUCAGACCAUGGCGCCAGGCAGGUUUAGCAUCGGCUCUGGGUCUACUGCCCCACGUGCUCGUACCGCCAGAUUGCGAAGACAGAGGUGAACUUGACUCGCAUAUUAAGUGGGCAGACUUUUACGAAUGGGACGAGUGAAACGGUGUGAGGGAGCUGGCUCAUCUUUUGUGUAAACAGUCUUGUGAAUUUGUUGGUCUUGGACACAUUUUGCAGUAUGCCGCACAUACGAUGAUGUUCUUGGAGAAAAAAAUAUUUGGAUUUGACAUACAGUGGAAAUUUGUGAUUACAUAACUUGAAUUAAUACACUGUGAAUAAUAUUAUCAAGUCUACAGGUGAACUUAUUGUGCGCACAUAAAUGAUGUGUGAAUGAAACUCUUUCAAAAGAAAGAGAGUGAGUAACAUAUGCAUUUCUAGAUUAAAAAUCUAUUUAUGUUAUGACUUAGUAGAAAAUAUAAAUAAGAGGACACAUUUUGGGCUGAGUUCGAGCGCAUAAUUUAGCAUUGAUAAUGAUUGGUAUAAAUAAAAAGGUGAUUUUUGUCUGUUACCAGUCUCACAAGAUAACUGCAUGUUUAAAAGUGACUCAUUUUGUAGCAUUAGUGGUGAAAGUUCUGUGGUUGAAAUGUCCGUAUUUACACGUACAUUGCCCACGCUUACGUAAGUCAUAUUAAUUUUUUAAGGAUAGACUGGAAGUGGUUACAUUGCUUAAAAUUUCAACUGAAAUUUUAAAAUUUUCUUUUUACAGUGCAGUGGCUUUUACAUGCUUUUUGUUCCAUAUGCUUAUUUUGCUAAGAAAUCAAAAUUGAUGUGUACAAGCAAAAAGCAGUAAAACUGUAGUAUUCCGUUCACAUAAUUUCUUCUACUUUAAAUACUCCAGCAUUUAACUUUGUGGUUUUACGUUUCACUAAUUCACAUUUUGAAUGUUUCAUACGUGUAUUUUGAUUAUGUAUAUAGUCUGUCACUCCGUGGGAUGUGAAAUUGUUCAAGUGACUGUUAAAAUAUAAUGGUUUGUUUCUUUACUCAAAACUCCUACAAAUUUUAUGGCAGCAACUAAUUUCCAUAUUAUGUGUACAGUUGGGACUGAUUCAUCUUCAAUGCCACAAACCUGCAAAACAAUGCAUGCCCCAUUCUAUGAGCGAAAGACUACUGACCUUUGAUAUAGCAAGCUCUAAAGAACUUGAGGUAAACGCUGAAUUUUAUGUUUUGACACAAUAGAAUUGUAGGUUAUAGGUACUAUUUAUUGUGUUAAUCAGACAUGAAACUUACAUGUGCAACGUUCAUAUAGUCUUCUCUUCAUUUAGCUUUGCAUUGCAAGUUGGAAAAUCAACACUAGCAACUGAAAUACAUGUUUUCUCAUUUCUGGCUAAGAUUUUCUCUGGCUUACUAUGAAAGCAGUUUUUUAAACAUUAUCAUCUAACAUUUUCACCCUGAUCCUGAAGACAGUCCUUGAAUUAGAUUAGGUGCAAAUUGCUAUGAAUGGAAUUUGUAAAAUCUGUUACUGGGAGUGGUUGGUCUGUUUUACUUCAAAGGUUGACUGAUAAUGGCUUCCAGUUUAAAUUUAAAGUAUCUUUAAAUAAAUGACAUUUUUUGAUUCAGAAAGCAAAACCUUGGGAGAAGAGUUGCAUACAGUAUUUGAAUAAACACAGUAUGUACUUUGCCAGCACUGAUGUGAACAUUUUUAAUUUUUGUGUGAAACCCAUGUAAAAAGAAAUAGGAGGGAAUGCUUAUAACAGAAAAAUCUACAUACAAAUAAAGAUGAAAAAUAUAAAAAGUA